UUUUUGUCCAGCUAAUGAGUAGCAAGAAUUGUCCUGGCGUGCUGUGGUGGUGCAGAUUUGGGACUUAGGAAUCCCAGAAUUGCAGGGGUUGGAGAUGAUUUCAAGAGAUUGAGUCCUAUGCCCCUGCUAAAGCGGGCUCCCCCCAAUAGGUCGCACAGAUAGGUAUCCAUCUGGGUCUUGAAUAUCUCCAUCAAAGGAGACUCCACCACCCCUCUGCACAGCCUGUUCCAGUGCUCCAUCACCCUUACAGUCAAGAAAUUCUUCCGCAUGUUAGUGCUGAACUUCUGUGUUCCAUUUUAGGCCAUUACUCCUUCUCUUAUUGCACACCACAGAGAAGAGCCUGGCCUCAUCCAUUUGCCUCUCAUCUCAUUUUAGAUAUUUAUAAACAUUUAUCAGAUCUCCCUCAGUCUUCUUUUUCCCCAGGCUGAACAGACCCAGGUUACUCAGCCUUUUCUUUAUAGGGGAGAUGCUCCAGGCCUUUCACCUUUGUGUUCCUCCUCUAGGCUCCUCCUUGGAGAUCCAUGUCUUUUUUUGAACUGGGGAGCCCAGAACUGGACACAGCAGUCUGUGACAUGUCCCUGUGUGACCUAAUCUAGGUGUCCCUUCUCUGGCAGGGGCAUCGGACUGGAUGAUCUGUCAAGGUCCCUUCCGAUCCCCGACAUUCUGUGAUUCUGUGUGACUCCCUUGACCUGCUGGCCAUGCUCUUUUUAAUGCACCCGAGGAUCCCAUUGGCCCUCUUGGCUGCAAGGGCACAGUGCUGGCUCAUGGCCAGUUUCUUGUCCACCAGGACUCUCAGGUCCUUCUCCACAGAGCUCCUUUCCAGCAAGUCAUCCCCUAACCUGUACUGGGAACUCCAUUGACAAAUGCUUUUGCUGUCUGCAUGCUGCCCAACAGGGUAGUGCUGCUUCAGCAAGUUCAAGGGUUGGUAGUACUUAAAGUGACUGCCGGUUUUAGGCAUACAGAGCAGUGUGGCAUUUGGGCUUGCUCGGCAACAUGCAAGCAACAGCAGUAAGCAUUGUGCAAAAUUAGUUGAGUGUACAGGAGGAGCACUGUUGACAAUAUACCCAAAGACAGGUAAUGCCAAUGAUGGUUUUUCUCACAGCCAGUAGGCUUCUUGGAGAUCUAUUCUGCACUGUCAGACCCCUUAAUUUUAAGAUCAUUAAUUUUGGCACAAAACAGACUAGUAGCAAUGGGUUUCUCCUUGGAAUACAGUUCGUUCUGCAGUCAGGUGGUGGUAGCUAUGCCCAACCAUCUUGGUACGGGCAGUCCCAACUUCCUCUGGCCCAGAGGGUUCUGACUGGAAAGGCUGGGAGCGUUGUGGUGGUGAACAGAGAUGAACUGCUGCCCUGGAUGCGUGUGAAUUGGAUGAGGAGCAGCAGAUUUGUACUACUGUAUUGCAGCAGCUACCAGGGUAAAAUCUAGCGUUUGCUUUACCUGUGGAUUCUUUUCCCGUGCCUCCAAAAUGCUGUGUACCAAUUAUUGCUGCUUGAAUUCUCCAGGCACAGUAGAUCAUACAACACCUAGCACACGAUUCUCUGUCUACAGCAGCUGUGCAGUGUCAGUUCUGAAGUACAAAAAAAAUUCUACCCUAGCCACAUCAUUAUAUGAAACCACAACUGCCUUCUGCAGGAUGGAAUGGCAUCCAAGAACAAGCAGCAAGGCCCCUUUCUGGGGUGUGUAUGGGAAGGACACUGAGUUGUCCUGGAGUGAAAUCUGACCCCCCUGCACCUCAAACUGGGACGCUCCCUGCAGCUGGCCUCAGGCGUCAGACUAAUGCAAGAAAUGGGCCUCACUGCUGGCAAUACCUUCUGUAAAACCACACUGGAGUGCUGCUACCCCAAUGGACAAGGUUUCAGCCCUGUUCUAGGUUAGGGGAAGCCAUGGGGAAGCUCUUCUGGUCCUUGCCAUCCUCCCUAGUGCGACUUCAGAACUUGUAGCAGUCAGGCACUGAGUGCAGGUGGAGUUCUUCAAGGAGUGUGGCCCAGAGUCCGUUCUUGGUAAGCACUAGUGCCUGUGCCUGGCCUGGGUUCUUUCCUGCAGAAUGGAGCUUGCUUCUACAGCAGCUGUCCUAGCUAGAGGCUACCCUUGUGCCAUGAGGCAUUCCUCAACUUCACCCCUAAUCCAGUGCAUUUUGGAGGACCUACUUCUUUCACCUACUUCUUCCACCUCUUCCCAUGUCCCAGGAGGAGUAUGUCCUGAUAAGGAAGAAAAAAGGGAACUGAACCAGUGGUUUGCCCAAGAUCUCCCACUUCCUUCAAACCUUAGAAUCAGGUUUUUGAUGUGAGACAGCUUCCGGUGAAGCUGUUCACAGCGGUUCUUCUCCUGCUGGUAGCUAGGAUAACUCCGAAAGAAAAACAAAACCAGAUCAGGUCCUGGAGAGAACCCAGUCCCUGCCCUGCACCUGGCCAUACCUUCUUCAAGUGUCUGUACUUGUACAAAAUCUUAGCUUGAUUGGCCUGAAAGCCAAAAGCAGGAGGUGAGCAGAAACAACGCAGCUGUAUUGCUGCGUCCCAGGUCUGUUACCUGCCUUACGCUCCUCUGCUCCUCGCUUCAGUGCUUUCAUUCUGGCUCCCAGCUGAACAAAUUUCUGGCUCACACUACCAAUACGAGUGUGCGGACAGCGGUACUCGGUGUAGUGUGCUCUGAACACUGCCUUGUAAGCUUUGCACUGCUCUGCUGAGCGGAUGGUACGGUAUUUCCUGCCUCAAGCAAGAGAGAAGGUUCAUUCUCCCCAUGUCUGCAAGGCAGACAAAGAGCAGAGCUCUUGCUCGUGGCCAGGGAGGUGGCAGAGGCUCAGCACCCUGCUCACCAGAGCCAGGCACGGCCACAUCACACUCAGAGACUGCUCCGCUCCAGGGCUCAGCCCAGGCAGCAUUCUCCCGCAGCACCGGGUGGGUGCUCUCUGUGACACAGACGGUGAUUUUCCCGCAGAUGAUGCCCAUGCUGUCCAGCUGGCUCAGACCUGGCCUGGGAGAACACAGAAUCUCCCGCCAGCCCAGACCAGCCUGCACAUCCAUCCCCACAAGAAGCCCAGAGAGGACCUUGUGAAGCAUCCCAAGAGAAAAGCCAGGCAGCUCAUCCCCGGGCUGCUGCUGAACGCCCCUACGGGGACUGAGGAUGCAGUGAGCAAUGGGAGGGAGGGUGCUGUGGACUUUAAGCCCCCAUGAGCCCUGGGCUGCCCCUGGAGACCACGAGGAGAGCAGGAACGGACCGGGCCGCGAUGUGCGCAGUCACAGGUGCUGACACCUGCAGGCAGCGCUCGCACCCAUGCAGAACCGCCAGCAGCACCAGAGCCGGGGCUGACGUGGUGCCACCGGCACAGCCCCGAGCGCGGAGUGGGAGAGGAGCAGCUCCGGGGGGACGCGGGCGAGCGGCCCCCACCCCGACCCUGGGCUCGGCAGCGGGGGGCUCACCGGGGCGCGGCCAACCGCGCGCACUCGAGGCUGCCCGGCUCGUCCCGGCUGCGGCGCGAGAGGAGGAAGGUGAAGAGCCAGGGAGGGGUCCCGAGCCGUCAGGCACCGCCAGCGGCGACCGACCGUUAGGGCCGCGGAGCCUCUCCCUCCCGCGGGGGGCGGGAGCUGCACAGCGCGGCACCGCCCUGCUCCUAUCGGCGCUACCGGCACCGGCCCGGGGAACAAGGAACGCCCCCCCAGGCCCCUGCCGGCGCGUUACCCCAUCCCGACGCCCCGAGCGGCUCCCCCCUGCCUGCCCGGGAUGACCCGGUGCCCUCGAACCCCCCCGGGCCGGGGCCGCCGGCCGCAGCCGCGCUCACCUCGUGGCUGCCCUAGGGCGGUACCUGCCCGGUCCCGGCGGGACUCCCGCGGCGGAGCUCGUCCCGAGGCAGCUAUUUUUGCCGGCCGUUCGCGACGCGCUGCCGUCACCGCUAAUCCCCUUAGCGGCUUCGCGGCGUUAGGUAACGGCGCGUCGGGAUGCGCUCGGGGGCGGCCCCGACCGUGGGCGGCCCCGGGCAGUCGCGGCUCGGCGGGACCGGAGACGGUGCGCCCGGAGCGGGCUGGGGGCUGCGGGCGGCCGCCGCCGAGACACGGGGAGCGCGGGCCCGCCCGGCCCAGGCUCGGCUCGCAGCGGCGGGCGAGGAGCGGGGCGACGGGCGGGCAUGCAAGGAGCCUCGGCCGGCGGCUCCCCGGAGAGGGAGGCGGGGGCCGACGAGCGGCCGCGGGGCCCGGGCCGGGGCAGGCGAGUCCGAUUCCGCAUGCCGCACACCACCAUCGUGGUGCCGUCGGGCCGUGACGAGGAGCAGCUCUUCUACCGGCGCCUGGACGCGCUCGGAGCGCUGGGCCCCGACGGCUUCGCGCCGCUCUUCGCCGCCGAGGGCUGGAGCGAGGUGACGGAGGACCGGCUGCUACGGAAGCGCGUGGUGCGGGACGGGCAGGGGGGCGCGCCGCAGCCGGGCCAGGAGGUGUCGGUGAAAGUGCUGGGGGCCCUGGAGGACGGCGGCCUGGUGGAGCGGGACCCGCGGCUCAGUUUCGUGCCGGGCCAGGGCGACGCCGUGCAGGUCGGCAGCGGAGGUAGCGGGGCGCGGGGCGCGGAGAGCCCGGCGGGCACAGCCUCCUCUCCGUGCCCGCAGGCGCUGGAGCUCGGCGUCCCCACCAUGCGGGGCGGGGAGAUCUGCUUCUUCCUCGCCGCUUCUCCCUACGGCUACGGCCGCGCGGGCAGGGAACCCGACGUCCCCCCCGAGGCGCCGCUGGUCUUCGAGGUGACGCUGCUGGAGGUGCGCGACGGCCCAGACCCGCAGCGGCUGCCGCCCGCCGCCCGCCUCCGCCUGGGAGCGCAGAAACGGGAGCGCGGAAACGUCCACUUCGCGCGGGGCGACUUCGCGGCGGCGCUGCUCUCGUACCGCCUGGCGCUGCGCGCCCUCGAAGGGGCCGGUGAGGAGCGACGGGACGGGGCGGGCGCCGACCGCUGCCCCGCGUCCCCGCCCGGGCCGCACGAGGAGGAGGAGCUGCGGGAGCAGCGCGUGAAGUGCCUCAACAACUGCGCGGCGGCGGCGCGGCGGCUGCAGAGGGGCGCGGAGGCUCUGGCGGCCGUGGAGGCGGCGCUGCGCCUCAGCCCGGACAACGGCACCGCGCUGCUGCGGAGGGGGCAGCUGCUGGCGGAGCAGGGCCACGACGAGGAGGCGGCGCGCGUGCUGCGGCGGGCGCUGGAGCUGGACCCGGCCAGCAAGCCCGUGCACGCGGAACUCGCGCGCCUGGCCAAGCGCCGCGCCCGCGCCACCGAGGAACCCCGCGACCGUCCGCGGCCGCCACAGAGCUCCGGGGAAGGAGCGGCCCCGCCCGAGGAGCCCCGCGCCGAGCAGCUCCGCUCCGAACAGCCGGGGCCCCGCCCCGCGCCGCACGGCCCCCCCCCUGCGCCCAGUGAGGGGGCGUGGUCUCAGCAGGCCCCGCCCUCCCAGCCCUUGGGCGCGGCUCUGCGGCUCCUCGCGCCUGCGCCGCAGUUUCCGCCAUUAUCGCCCCCCCCGGCCCAACAGCGUCCGUAGCCCGCGGCCAAUCAGGCGGG